CAAGUUGUAUAGCAUCUGGAGGCGUUACUGCAGAGGGUGCUCAAGGUAACACCCCUGGGCCUCUCUUCGUACCUAACUGUUGGCACGAUCGCUCUCGGUUAUCUUCUCCCUUCUGACUACCUCCAGACAUUCUCUCCUCCCCACCUCUGAGUCAACCUCUCGUCACAUGUUUUUGAGUUUCGACAUUUAAUAGACCUCUAUUUUAGACUGAUUAUUUUGAAGUAUAUUUAUGUCAUAUGUCGGGAGAGCAAUCAAGUAGUGAAAAGAGCCUGUCGCAAUGUCCUCUGUUGAGUGAUCUCGCAUGAGAAAAGAAUUCUCACAUGAGCAUGGCGGUGAAGUGUCUGUGAGAGUUUGCGUCGUGUCCUUAUGUGUGUUCAACACCGAGUGCUGAGCCACGCAAUUUUUUUCGAAGAUGUCGAGUUUAUCACAUGCGCGUUCUUUUUCGAAAUAUAUGAACGAAUUUAUAUCUCUUCCUUCUCCCAAACGGAAUAUCCAGCUGCCUAGCAGAGUUUUCCGUCUUUUUUUUCGAGACCUAUAAUCGCUAGGUACCAUAUUAUCGCGCUAUUUUCCCCACGGCGACCGACCCAUUUAGGUCUACUUAUUCACACGUUUAGACUACGUUUUCCUUCAGAAGACGUUUCGUCCAGCACUUGACAUCGAUCGAGCAUCUCUACACUGACACGAAUCAUGUCCCGUCCCACCUGGUCUUCUGAGAUCGCUGAUGCGAUCUUCCGCACCCUCGAUGCGGACCAUGAUGGGGUUCUACAAGGGGAGGAGCUGAGCGUUUUUUGCGAAGUUGUGGGUUGCGACGAUGCAAAGGACUUACGAAAGGAGUUCAAUUCUUUGCUCAAAGAUUCGCAACUCUCAGAUACGGAUCUACCUUCAUCCGGAGUCUCAGUUCCGUCCGGCACGACCAUCCAAGGAUCCAUCACUCACGCUGAUGCGACGUUGUUUCUACGGCUGUUGUACCAACGAGGAGAUUUGUCUUAUGAAAACCUGUUCCAAAUGCUUAUGGGUGCGGGUGGCGUGGCUCUUGAGCCAUGGGAGAUUGCGGAAUUGAACGAAGCAAUGGAACUGAUAGACAAGGAUGGCAACGGCGUCAUAAGUGGCGAGGAGGAGAUGAAAUUGCUGAUGUACUACGUGGGUCAGAGUGAGGAGUUGGCGCCAGCGAUUUUGCAAGAGUUCGACAGUUCUGGCACUACUAAGAGUUCGUCUGCUAGUAGUAGUCAGGAUGGUAAUAAAGCUUUGGCAAUUACAGACGUGCGUGAUUUUUUACAGGUGUUGAAAGCAGUCGCUUUGUAUGUAUGGGCAAUGCACAGAGAGGAGUUAGGGUUUGGCGAUGGAGGCGCAGCAGGAGCAUCUUCAUCUCCAUCUCCAGCAUCAGCAGCUUCUGUCCCGCUCACAAAGGUGAAAGAGUUGCUAACAGAGAAAGAACAAGAGCUAGGACUGCCCGAUGGUAUGGCGGUGCGGAUGAUCAAGAAGAGAGGAAGAUCUUCGGAGACAGUGGAGCACGAAACGAUGAUCACAAAAGAAGACUUCGACGCGAUUUUACUGGGUAAACCCGACAAAGGCUUGCAAGCUUUAAGAGACUUGCAGCUGUGUCAGGGCGCGAACGCAAGUGAGCUGGCGAAAGUUGCGGACCUGUUGCUGGAGAACUCAGGUUUGUCGGAUUGUGCCCCUCCAGGAGGAGGAGAUGAUGAUGAUGAUGAUGAUUCUGGAGGAGGGGAGGUAGGUGGGAUCUCCGCGCUUCCCUCGAAUGCUCCGCCACCAACCGGUAAGAUCUCUGCGCAAGACGCUGCAUGGGUAGCAAAGAUGGUGAAAUCGGACAAGCUCUCUCCGGAGCAAAAGAUGUUUCUAGCGUUCCAAAGAGGAGAUGUCGACGCAGUGAUGGACCUUCUGCUGGAACAUGGACGCCUAGAGGAGGAAGGGAUUUGUCCGGCGAAAUUUGGUGCCGCUUUCAAAAAUGCGCCAGAUUUGUUCCCAGACGGCAAGGGCUGGCCUCACACUACCUUUGACGGGGUCGCUGGAGACACGAUCUUCCAUUUGGCAGUGCGUUAUCGUCAUGUGGCGAUGCUGGAGAUGCUGGUGAAUGACUUCACGCUUUCGGAUAUGGUCUUAACAGGGGAAAAAGUAGUGCUGACUAUACCGGGCUCUGGACAAAAGCGCCUUGUGAACGACAAAAAGGAAACGGUGAAAGACGUUUUGCAGAGUUCUGUGAAAAUGGAUGCUUCUAAAGGGAAUGUGACAAGUUAUGAGCAAAUAAAGACUCUCGUAGAGGCGUUGGAUGCGAAUGGGAAGACGAGGGCAGGAUGGGCAGAGAAAGAUCAAAGACUAAUGGAAGCUCAGAACAAAGCAAAAGCUGAUGCGGAGGCGAAGAGGAAGGCAGAAGAGGAAGCAAAAAAAGAUUAAGGCUCAUAUUUUAAAAGUGAUUGAAAUUCUUGAUCUUCACAACUUAGCUAUUACUAUAAAUCUUGCUCUUUGAUUGUUCAGAUGCCAUUUCUACUUCUUCAGAAGCUGUUUUGAGAGUAUGAUCUUCUAUGUAAAAGAUCAAUCUAUCAUUGUGCCCUCUCUAAGAACAGGCAGCACGGGUUGCGGCAGAUGCGGCCAAGGCAAAGGCAGCAGAGGCGCAGGCGAAAGCCGCGGCGGAAGCACGAGCAAAAGCGGAAGCAGCUGCAAAGGCGGCUGCAGAAGCGCGAGCCAAGGCAGAGGCGGAAGCAAAACAGAGAGCCGCAUUAGAGGCGAAGCAACGGCAAGAACAACAAGCGAGAGCCGCAGCCCAGGCACAGCAACAGAGGCAAGCGCAGUUGCAGAGACAACAGCAGCAGCAGAGAGCCCAAGCUUCCGGCGACAGUCCCCAUCUCCCUGCACACCUACGUUUUGAUGAAUGCACUAGCGACCCACACUUCUCCAAAGACGAGAUCAGAAAGAUGACGCCAGAUCAGAGAAUCGCGAAUUUCCAGAAGUUUUUCGGCAUUCCUCUGAUUUUGGACAAGGUUCCGGAGGCGGACGCGAAGCCCUACAGGAUUUCUAGCAGCGCAUUGUCGGCUCAAGAGAAAAAGGACUUGUUGAAUCCCGACGAUCCCUUUUCGCUGCUUUGCAUCCUUCGAACCGUUCCCUGUGCCUUUCUGAAAAGGAAAAAGUGCUUGGAUGAUAUCGUGGUAGUGAAUGAUUUGACGAUGGGGGGGAUGCAGUGCGGAGGUUUGGCUAAAGGUGGCACUAAAAAAGGCGAGCGACGAAUGAUUUUGUGCUGGAGCAUGGUUAUGAGUCGUGGAUUUCUCACUGAGUAUUACAGCUUAGAAGAAAAAUACAAACAGCUCCUCUUCUUCAAGACUGAGUCGUGGAAAUAAGGUAAUGUAGUUCUCUGCAAGGUAAUCUAGUUCUCUGCAAGGUCAUGUAAGAGCGCUCCUGCAGCCCCAACGUUUUCUAAUAGAACUCGACGCCCGACUGGGGCUGCAAUGAAAAUGGUGUUUUAUCAUGAGCUCUAUCACAUGAUAGACUACGCCGAUGACGCGGUAAACGAUCCGAAAGACAGGGAGUGGCGCGGUCUGCACGGUCCGGCCUUUCGCUACAAUGACGAGAAAAUGCCGAAAGGUGCUAUGAAUGGAAAUUUGGACUUCACGAAAUGGGGUGGCGCCCCUACAGGGUUCGCCUGUGGCUACGGAAUGACCAACGUGCGCGAAGAUAAAGUUAAGCUCGCUCUAUCUUGCUCUGAUUCAUUAAAGAUCUUGGAUCAUUACACAGCAUCUCGCUCUGUGAUUACACAGCAUCUCGCUCUGUGAUUACACAGCGUCUUGCUCUGUGAUCACGCCGCAUGAGCUCACUCCAUAACUCAUUCUGAUUUCCUACAGAAGAUGUUCGCGUGGUGUAGGAAGCGCAUAGUGAUGGAACAAGUGCAUAGUGAUGAGAGCUCACUUACAUGCUAGGACAGCUCUAAUGAAGCUUGCGUGAUGGCGAUGUGGAUGGUCGCACGAAAUGAGGUGCUCGCAAGGAAAGAAGACGUGUUGACCAAGAAGGUGAAGAUCUUGGAGAAAGAACUAGGGAGAUUCGAUGCGGCAUUCAAACAGAUGUUUGAUAAGGCGCACUGAGAUGAGCAAGUGAUAGAUGCGACUGUCUCUUGAGACGGAUAUGGAAAAAGAUCUUCGAUUUUAGCCUUGUUCCUUAUAAUACUACUAAACAGCUACUCUUACUAAUAAAUUUCAGAGUUCCUCUGUUUAGCACGCGUUUGGAGAAUUCCGUGUGAUAAUAGAGAAUGCAAUAAUAUGAUAGCAAUUAAUAUAGGAUGUAGUCGUCUUCAAUUUCGUCCAGUGCCGUGUGAUAAUAGGGAAUGCAAUAAUAUGAUAGCAAUUAAUAUAGGAUGUAGUCGUCUUCAAUUUCGUCCAGUGAUUUUAACAUCCUCACCUGAAAGGAUGGCGCAUGACACUUAGCAUGUGGGAUGCCUUAGUUGUAUUUGAGGUACAAAAUGCGACUUCGCUCUGUAUAUUUUCAUGAAAAUGCGACUUCGCUCUGUAUAUUUUCAUGAAAAUGCGACUUCGCUCUGUAUAUUUUCAUGCUAAAACGCAGUUCUUGAGUAUGUAAAAAAGUGUGAAAGUGUUUUGACCUUGUACUCAAGCAGAAGAAGUGAGAUUCAAAUUGUUGUGCUAUGGAAGGCGAUCUCGACGUUUGUGUUAUACCCCAUGAAUGGGUACACGAAUACUACUUACUAUUCAUAAACGUCGAGAACAUUAGAUUGUAGUCGAGUCCUCUCAUCAUUAUUAUUCUGAUUUUUUCUGUGAUGAGCGAAUGAAUGAGUCUUCUUGUGUGAACAACUUUUUAAAGCUUGAGAAGCGUCUUGUGAACUUUUCAAGGUGGAGAAGCGUCUUGUGAACAACUUUUUAGAGGUGGAGGAGCGUCUUGUGAACUUUUAAAGGAAAGCAGGCAUCUAUUUUCAUCUGCAGACGUGAAAUGAUGAGAGAGAUGCAUUUUUAACGUGAUUAACUUUGAAAGAAGGCGAAGCAAGGCGUUUUAUAGUGACACGUAACAGUUUAUAGCCCACACUGAAACAGUUAUAAGCUAGAACUCCAGCAACUCGGACGAGCAGUCACAUGACAUGAAAAAUGGCAACAAAUCACUUGUGGAAGAUUUUUUAUAGUAC